AUGGCAUCCCUCCUGCUGCUUUCUCUGCUGUCGACGUUGGCCUUCGCAGCAAUCGAUAGGCAUGCCGUAGUCUCUCGAUUCAAUGUCGUUCGCUCAAAACUUCCAGAAGUGAUAACCAACCAGACGACUCCUCUUCAGGUCGGAAAUGGAGAUUUCGCUUUCAAUGUGGACAACACGGGCAUGCAGACAUUCAUACCCUUCAACACGCUGUCAAGUUGGGGUUGGCACGAUGACUCCUUACCGACAAACGGCGAAAAACUCAGUGAUUAUCACGGCGUCGAAGUGUUGACACACGGAAGAAACAUUUCAUAUGACCUUGAAGAUCCUAAUCUACCAGAAGUAUCCAAGUGGCUCACCGCGAACCCCAAUCGCAUCAACCUAGGCCGCAUCGGCCUUAAGUACAAGGGUAGUACUCUCGCGCAGUCGCUGAUCACGGAGCCGCGACAAGAAUUAGACGUAUGGAACGGCGUUAUUACGUCGACGUUUAAAGUUGAUGGGAAAGACGUCAAGGUGGUGACCCAGGGAGAUUUCGAUUCCGAUGCAGUCGUCUUCCAGAUCGACUCGGAGCUCGUUUCAACCGGGGACUUACAAGUCGAGUUUGAUUUUCCUUAUCCUCCAAAGCACAAUGUGUCAGGUUCGUCAGACUUCGAAAUAUUCAUGGGCUCCUAUGAUUUUCCCUUGAAUCACACGACGUCCAUUGUGACGGCACCCAACGGACCUAAGAAUGGCAUUGCACACAUAUAUCACGAGAUGCAGGAGACGACUUAUUACGUCAACCUCCGGUGGCCUUGCAGAUCACCAUUGUCGUUGACGCGGAACGAGCCCCAGGGCUCUGGCGCGGUGACGGCGCAUCGGUACACGCUUUCACCAGCGGCUUCUUCCCGAUAUGAGCAUCCGCCGGCUUCAAUAUCAUUCACUGCCCAUUUCUCUCUUGACCUUGAACUGCCUGCUUCGCCGUCGGUCAUUCGGAGGCGUAACCCCACCGCCUGGAAUCGGUACUGGAAUGAAGGAGGCUUCGUCGAUCUCACUGAGUCGUCUAACCCCAACGCUACCGAGCUUCAACGGCGUAUUAUCAUGACGCAGUACUACAUGAGGGUAAACAGCGCGGCUACCGGCCAAAUCCCCCAGGAGAGUGGCCUCGUCUAUAACGGGUGGUGGGGGAAAUUCCACCUCGAGAUGGUUGUUUGGCACUGUGCACACUGGGCCACAUGGGGUAGACAACAGUACUUCGACAAGAUAUUGCCCGCGAUGUAUGAGACGUUGAUGCCUACGUCAAAAGCGAGGACUCAGCGUAUGGGCUGGGAUGGCGCUCGAUGGCCGAAGAUGACGGAACUCGGAACCGGAGGCAUCGCUCCGGGAGAGACCCGAGCGUAUCUGAUGUGGCAGCAACCCCAUCCCAUGUACUUGGCAAACCUUGCCUAUCAGGCCAAGCCGACGCGACAGACAUUAAAGGAAUGGGACCGCGUUGUCACGGCGACUGCUGACUACAUGGCGUCUUUUGCUUGGUAUAAUGAAACCGCCGGACACUACGAUCUUGGGCCGCCAUCAAAGGGUGUAACUGAGAACUCCUUCCCGCUUGAGACCCGUAAUCUAGCUUAUGAAAUUGCCUAUUGGCGCUGGGGUUUAGAUGCGGCAGCAGGCUGGAGGAGGAAGCUGGGCCAACCUGUUCCUAAGAAAUGGAGCACCGUCGCAGAUAACCUAGCUCCUCCGCCUCAGAUCGACGGGAUGUAUAUCCCCUGGGAGGGUUCGGGGCUGAACAGCUCGUGGUGGGAAGACCCGAAGCUCAGCAAAGACCCGCGUAGCGUUAUCAUGCUUCAGGGCAUCCUUCCGGAUACACCGGCGGUCGAUUCAGAAGUUGGCCUCAAGACCUCUAAUAAAAUGUGGGAGGUCUGGACCGACGAGAAUAUCCGAGGAUGGGGACGGUCCGUUCUCGCCAUCAACUCUGCGCGAGUAGGGAAGCCUGAGCGCGCCAUCUACCAUAUGACGAACUAUGGUUACUGGCCGUUCGACGACGUAGGAAUGCCUACUCGAUCUGGUCCUAACCCGUCACCACCGCCUUAUUUCCCAGGAGGAGGUAGUUUCCUCUACGCGAUCGGAUAUAUGGUGGCAGGUUGGGAAGGCUCUGAAAGUGACGCCCCAGGGUUUCCCAAGGAUGGAACUUGGGUUGUUAAGCACGAGGGCUUGCUCAAAGCUCUUUAA